AUGCAAAAUCUAUUAUCUACACAUCAUAUUUUAUAAUUAAUCAUAAAUUCAAGAUACUUAAUUUAGUAAUAAAUAAUUACCAAAAUCUUUAAGUCAGCUUUAACUAAUCUAUUAAUCUAAUUAUUCAUAACAUUUUCUAAAUUGGAAAUACAUUAUUUGAAACUUAUUUGUUAGUGAAAACCUCUUAGAUAAUUUUGAAAAAGGUAAUAAUAGUGAAAAAUAACUAAAGUAAUAUCAUAAUCAUAAUCAAUAGUGUCGUUGAUAUUUCUAAAUUUAAGAGUUGUAAAUUUUGUUUACAGAUAUUAUAGUUUGUUUGCGUANAUAGAUGUAUCAAUCUUCAUGAGAACCAACCAGGUAAUAAGAUUAAAUAUACAUUAGAUCUUAAAUUUUUGGUGAAGUUAGAAUCGCCCUUUUAGGAUCUCCCUUAAAUUUUUGGUUAAAUUACUUUUGAUUUGAAAGAGCAAAUUAGUUUUAGAUAUGAGAAUCAAACAACUUUUAUUGGAGGAGGAUUAUUGGACAGAUGGCGACGCACUACAUUUUCAAAAUAGCUAAAUUUGGGAAGACAUUAUGCAAUUAGAAUCAUGUUUAAUAUAUCCUUAGAAAAUUCAACUUCAGAUUAGGAUAGUUUUAUUUUUUCAAUCGAUGGAAAAACAUUCAAGGUUUUGAAUAAUCAAACCUAUGUUGACCAAACACUCAACCAUAAUAAAAACAUUCUAAAUUUAAAUUUAGGAUGCAAAAUCUCGAGUAAUGGUAGAUGUGUAGUUUCCAAUUACUAUUUUAUGACAAUGAAAGUAUUAGUUUUCGUAAAUAUUUCUUUAGUGCUCUCCACUUUGUUAAAGUUGUACAGGUCCAUCUUAAUCUGAUUGCAAAAUAUUUGAGCCCAAUAUUGAUAAAUUUGAUUAUAAGAAUUUUAAGUGUUAGGAUGGUUAUUACUUAAGUGAAUACGGUUGCAAGCGCUGUUCAUAAGGAUGUUAACUAUGCGAUUCUUAAAAUAAAUGUCUCAAAUGCCAAGACACAAAAGAGGCAGAGUUUAUUUGUAAGCCCUACCUUUGAAAAGGC